GCGGACGUUGUAAACAGAGCCAGCAGCUCGGCGGAUUGAACAAAGUGAAACGGCUGUUUUUAUUGAACAAAACAAGAUGAACAGCGUUGAAUAUGAGCGGUUAGACAGUCUGGAGGGCUGGGUGGCCGUCAAGAGCAAUAUAUUUGAGGAAACGGAGGCGUUUAAGCUAGGUUUUAUCGUACAGUGGAACGUCAUCGAGUGUAAGUUUGCUGUCACCUGCCACAAUCGGACAUUACAGAGACAGAAGAGGAGAGCUGAAGUCAAUGUGGGAGACUCGCAGAUGAGCUGGGCUGGACUCUUCUCCGUCAGCGACUUAAAACACAUCCAUCAACAAUUCACAUGUGUCGCAGACGUCCUGGUCUCCUGCUUCCCGGACUUGUCUGAGUUUGAGGAGGGCAACAUUUGGGACCUGCUCUUCCUGAGUCGGAGGUCCUCAGGCACAGAGGAGGAUGACGAGCGAGACUUUGACGCGCCGUGCAGGAGGCUGGAGAAGUACUUCAGCGCAGCCAUCGACAUCUGCGGCCGGAAGAUCGUCCUCGACACCCUCUUCGGUCAGGAUGAGAGGGACGUGGAGGAGUACUUUGAAAACCUGCAGGAGUUCAAGAGGAAGGCCAUGCAGGAGGAGAUGUCCAGGGCCAAGGGUCACCUGCGUCAGCUGCUGCAGAGUCACGGCAGUGCCGACGGGAUGGUCGCGCUGCUCACCAUCUACGAGGAGGAGGAGGAGUGUUACCAGGACCUGGUCACUGUGGCUACCACCUUCUUCCAGUACCUGCUGCAACCUUUCAGGGACAUGAGAGAGCUGGCCUGCCUCUACAAGUUGGAGAUCCUGAAAUCUUUGGAGUUUGAAGACUUGGGUCCUAAAAGAAUUACAGCUCUAGAGAAGGAGGCGGAGGAGUGGAGAACAAAAGCAGAAGAUGCAGUCACCUCAAUUCAGGACAUCACUGUCACCUACUUUGCACAGACUUCAAAGGCUCUAGCUGGUAUGUUAAAGCAGAUGGAGGAGGAUAAGCGUCGUUUUGGGGCUAAUGCCUGGGCGUCUGCUGCUCCUAGACUGGAGAAACUACGCUUCCUAUUGGCCAAAGAAACCCUGCAGCAUAUGAGAGCUGCAGAAAUGUGCCUCAGCCGCAAGAAAGACAGCAUCAGAGAACGGAUGGGCGGCUUGUCAAGCAGAGUCCAGAACCAGAGAUCUGAUCCUGGGUGUGUGUCUGAGGACGGCCAGCAGCAGGACACCGUGGAUCAGCUGGAGCUACAGUUCUAUGAAACCCAACUAGAGCUGUAUGACACCAAGUUUGAGAUCCUGAAGAAUGAGGAGCAGCUACUGGUGGCUCAGAUAGACUCCGUGCGAAGACAGAUUAAAGAGCUGAAUGAGGAGGUGGUGUACUACGAUGUGUGUGAGGAUCCCGAGGAGCUGCAGAGCAUGGUCCACACUGGCAUUCAACAAGCACACUCUCCGAUUGUCAAUCAGCUCAAAAGACGGCUGCAGACCCUGGAGACCAAGAGAGGCAACAUCUGUGCCCGGCGAGCAUACCUCCGCAACAAAAAGGAUCAGUGCAUGGAGGCCAACGAGCAGAAGCACGUCACAGCCAAGCAGAGCUCCAUAGUCUUCGCCCAGCAUCAUCAAGUCCACUUGAAACGAGAGAAGAAGAAAGAGGAGGAGCAGAAGAGGAAGGAGUGGGUUGACCAGGAGCGAGAGAAGACUCUGAGCAGAUUACGAUCCUUCAGAGAGAAGCGACACGGUCAGUACAUCCUGAAGACUCCUCACUCCAGGAUGUCUCCCUCAGAGCCGCCUUGUCCCUCCCAGCCGCUGUCCAUCAUCAGCCUCGGCCCGUCUCCCUCCUCUGACGGCGCGCCCUCCAUCCGUCCUGCACCCAGACGCAAAAAAGCACCCAAGAAACAGCAGCCUCAAGACAUCCCUGUCCAAAUAUUCGCUGCACCGCCGCCUCCGACAACAAAUGUUCCUACUGUACCUCCUCCACCACCACCACCACCUCCACCUCCUCUGCCUCCACCUCCACCACCCCCUGCCUUACCUCCUCCGCCCGUCAGUGCUUCACGUUCUGCGGAGGACAAACCAAUGCCUCUCAGUGAAAAAGAGGACCCUCCUUUUCCUGCCAAGAACAUGCUCAAACAAAACAUAGGAACGAUGGAUGAAGUGUUGGCCUCGCUGCAGCGUGGACAGAUCCAGCUUCGAAAGGUCCCCACUCCUAAGACAGAGACCCCUGCAGCUGACCCGAGGAGCAACCUGAUGUCUGCCAUCCGACAGGGAGUCAGGCUGAAGAAGGUGGUUCCAGCGCGUUCAGAAGUCCCGAGCGGUGCCGACAACGAGCUGGAGCGCAGCAUCAAAGCCGCCAUGUUGAGGAUGAAGAAGGUAUCGGCUGACUCUGACUCUGACUCUGACGACAAAGGAGACGACGAGACGCAGAGUGGAGACUGGGACAGCUGAGAACACACACACACACACACACAUAUAUACAAACACACACGCCGAUGAAGCUGUUCUUACAUCACCCUGCUCUGUUUCCUUUCACGGUUCUGAGCUGCGGCUUAUGUUGCUGCCAAGUUAUCACCCUCAAAAGCUUCUUUGACGAGGACGGGAUUAGGGCCGCCUCUGAAUUUGAUAUUGCCGUUUGCUGCAGUCGUAAUCAUCUUUGUCUUUUUCAUAAAUAGCUCAGAGAUGUUUGUAAUACAUCACAAACUGCUCAAAUUCAAACAGCGGAUCGGCAAAAGUUAGGAUUUUAAUCUCCUCUGAUUUUUAUUUUUGGUUUUCAGAAAAUCCCAAAACUGAACGAACGAGGCUUUGAGCUUCAUCAUCGAUUUAGAGAGAAAAGGUGAAGCAUUUGUUGUGUUGUUCAGCGUGUAAAUGAUUGAAUCUGCCUUUUUAUGUGACUGUCACAGAGCAGGGGGAACAGACAACUACACUACAUAACUCCAACCACACAAAUACUCACUUUUUUUCUCUCUGCUCUCUCUCAACUCCUCUGACAUUCAAUAGAUUGAAUGUAAUAAAAAUCUGAACAAUUAUUAUUCCUUGGACUUUACUCUUCAAGGGCUACAGAAAACUGAGGGUUUAGUUUUUUUUCUUUUUUAUUACUAACUAAAGUGAGAGUGAUGUCCUGAACUGCAGCAGUGUUAAUAAUUCACAGCCUACAUGUCUAAAGUCUGCAUCGUUGUUCGUGCACUGUCCAGUACUGUUACUUUUUUUCUUUUCUUCUUACAUCAGAAACUUGUGAACGUGUCAUUUUAGGUGCAAUUUAUAUGUGAUCUGAUAUUUCUCCCUCUAUGAUGCCAUAACCAAUGAUGACAAAUGAAUGCUAGAUGAGUUUUUUUUUAAGCCACCGAUACUUAAUUUAAUACAUAACUGUACACCUCUCUUUAUCUCUGUUGAUUGUUGAAUCCUCAGAAAGGCUGGUAGGUUAUUUUGGGAAAUCUUUGUACUUAUGACCUUUGAACCUGUGAUGCAAAGCACUUGGCUUUAUUGGAGCCCAUUUACAAAAGGUGAAGGUAUAAUGUAUUAUGUACAAAUGAUAAAAAAAUAUAUUACUGUAAGCAAAACAGUCUUUUAAAUGGUUUGCGGAUGAAGCUAUUAACUGCUGCACUUUGUUCUAAAAUCUUUUGAUUCUGCAGAGAUUGGUUAAAGGCAUGAGGUGUGUUCAGAUGUGUGUAAAUAAAUAAAUAAAAAUAAAAAAAUCAUAAAAAUCUUUGUACUUGACGUGAACUUGUGUGUCCCUCACGUC